UCACUCGGCGUAAUCGUAGCUAGUUUUAAACUGUUGAGGCUCGGGAGUCGAUCGACCCCAACAGCGGGGACACUCUGCCUGCUCCAGCCGAAGUAUGGUUCACAUGAUGGGGCUGCUUUCAGUGAGUGUUGUGCCCCUGCGGAACGGGGUGCAGGCUUGGGGCAGAGGCUGCGCCACCAUCCACGCAGCUUUUCGCUACAAUAACUUUAGCUCAUUAUCGAAGUGUUCUGCAUUAAAACGAAUCAAUCCCAUGGGAUUAAAUCAAUGCACUUUCACAUUGGCUCGAUUGCUCAGUUCCAAACCCCCACGAGGAUUUGAGAAGUUCUUCCCAAAGAGUGAGGACACUCCUGGAGUGAACAAAUCAUCUGAAGAGACCGGAGAUGAGAAGACCAAAGAGACAGAGUCUCAGGGCGGAGGAGAAGAGGGACAAAAUGAAAGUGGCGAGAGAAAGAGGAGGAGAGGCGGAAGGAAGGAUGAAUCAGACUGGUGGACACGCUUCCAGAAUGAUUUCCCCUUGGAUGAGAAGACCAUGCGCAAUGUCGCGAUCGGAUUCGCCGGCAUGGCCUCUGCGUUCCUGUAUUUCUACUUCCGAGAGAUUGGGAAGGAAGUCUCCUGGAAGGACUUUGUAAAUAACUACCUGGCUAGAGGACUGGUGGACCGUCUGGAGGUAGUCAACAAACAGUAUGUCAGAGUCAUCCCAGUGCAUGGAGUCAACACGUCAGAGGUGAGCUACCUGUGGUUCAACAUCGGCAGCGUGGAGACGUUUGAACGCAACCUGGAGCUGGCCCAGCAGGAGAUGGGCUUGGACUCUACACACAGAGUACCUGUGAUCUAUGGAAGCGAGAGCGACGGUACCCUCCUGAUGAGCAUUCUUCCAACCCUGUUGCUGGUUGGCUUCCUGCUCUUCACCAUGCGCCAGGGACCAAUGGCAGGAGGCCGUGGCGGGGGGCGGGGCAACCCCUUCAGCAUGGGGGAAUCCAAGGCCAAGGUCAUGAAGGACAACAUUGAUGUGAGAUUUAAGGAUGUGGCGGGCUGCGAAGAGGCCAAGAUGGAGAUCCUAGAGUUUGUCAACUUCCUGAAGAACCCCCGGCAGUACCAGGACCUGGGGGCCAAGAUUCCCAAGGGUGCAGUGUUGUCGGGUCCCCCUGGCACAGGGAAGACCCUGCUAGCCAAGGCCACAGCCGGAGAGGCCAAUGUCCCCUUCAUCACCGUCAACGGAUCUGAGUUCCAGGAGAUGUUUGUUGGCGUGGGUCCAGCCAGGGUAAGGGAUAUGUUUGCCAUGGCCCGUAAGAAUGCUCCCUGCAUCCUGUUCAUCGAUGAGAUAGAUGCCGUGGGCAGGAAGAGAGGCAGAGGGAACUUUGGGGGACAGAGUGAGCAGGAGAACACACUCAACCAGCUGCUAGUGGAGAUGGAUGGGUUCAACACCAGCACUAACGUGGUCGUCUUGGCUGGAACCAACCGACCAGACAUCCUGGACCCAGCACUGAUGAGACCUGGGCGCUUCGACAGACAGAUUUACAUAGGUCCACCAGACAUAAAAGGCAGAGCAUCCAUCUUUAAGGUCCAUCUGAGGCCUCUGAAGCUGGACUCCAGUAUAGACUCUGAAGCUUUGGCCAGGAAACUAGCUGCCCUCACACCUGGCUUCACUGGAGCUGAUAUUGCCAACGUGUGUAAUGAGGCGGCCCUGAUAGCAGCACGCUACCUUAACGAGUCUAUCAUCGUCAAGCACUUUGAGCAGGCCAUCGAGAGGGUCAUCGGAGGUCUGGAGAAGAAGACCCAGGUACUACAGCCAUUAGAGAAGACCACUGUAGCAUACCACGAGGCUGGCCAUGCUGUGGUGGGCUGGUACCUGGAACAUGCUGACCCUCUGCUCAAGGUGUCAAUCAUCCCCCGGGGGAAGGGUUUGGGGUAUGCUCAGUACCUCCCUAAGGAGCAGUACCUGUUCACACGGGAGCAGCUGUUUGACAGGAUGUGUAUGAUGCUGGGGGGACGUGUGGCAGAGCAGGUAUUUUUUGGGAAGAUCACCACAGGGGCACAGGAUGACCUCCGGAAGGUCACGCAGUCUGCCUACGCACAGGUGGUUCAGUUUGGGAUGAGUGAGGUGGUGGGCCAGGUGUCUUUUGAGCUCCCCAGGCAGGGAGAGAUGGUGAUGGAGAAGCCUUACAGCGAGCCCACGGCCCAGCUCAUAGACCAGGAGGUCCGCUCACUCAUAGACGCUGCCUUCCAACGCACACAGCAGCUCAUCACUGAGAAGAGAGAUGUGGUAGAGAAGGUGGGGAGGCGUCUCCUGGAGAAGGAGGUUCUGGACAAGGCUGAUAUGCUGGAGCUGCUGGGUCCUCGCCCCUACAAGGAGAAGUCUACGUAUGAGGAGUUUGUGGAGGGGACGGGGCCCAUGAAGGAGGACACCUCCCUUCCAGAGGGCCUCAAGAACUGGAACAAGGACCGGGGGACGGAAGAGCCUCCCCAGGAGCAGCAACGCAAGCAGGCUCUUUACCUGUAGACUGACACCACGUCUGACCUGGCCCCCACCCAACCAGGCCACUGGAGGAACAUGUUGAGACUUAAUUUGGUGAGGGGAGGGCACUUGACAUGACCCAGACAGACUGAUAACAGGAGAGGGUGUCAGGUUUAAGAAGGCACCCCUGCACCGUGUCCCUGAUGGCUACAGAUUGAGGGUUGUGGGGUGCAGCAGGGGAUCUGUUCCAACAGCCUAGAUUGUGCCAAUUCUCAUGUAGACUUUUUUUAAAAUUUGUUUGGGAAAAAAGGUGUUCCUGUAUUUUGGUUUUGCAGGGCAUGCGAUUCAUCAAUCUGUGAAGGAUAUCCUCCACGAUGCUGUUCCUUUCCUUCCCUGGAGAUUCCCUGCUGUACUAUGUUCCUCCUUUAUCCUGACCAUAGUGCAUUCCAGGGCCCUAGAGACCAUGGUCGUCACAGGGAAAAGAUAUUGUUUUAAUAGUUUUGUAGUAUUCAUUAUUUGACCUUUUUCAUUGUGUGUUGGAUGAGUUUGUCUGACAUGCAACAUUUUUAUGAAUAUAUGAUCAUGUACAUCAGGGAUGGGUGACUGUCUGUGGCCAUUUUGAAGGCCCUUGGAUAAAUCCCCCCCAACUUACUGUUGUGAGUUAAAAUACACAAGGUGCAAUUUCUACAUUUGGUUGCACAUCCGUUUUUCUGUUAUGUUAGUCAAUUAGCAAUUUUAUUGAUGUAUUUUUAUGUUGUAGGUAUGCAGAUCUGUGAGCAACUGCGGCCCCUCAUGAUGAGUUCAGUUUUUUUGUGGCCCCCACCCCCAUCAAUACUACCCAUCCCUGAUGUACAUCUCAUUUGAAGUGAGAUGGUUUCUUUUAGAUUUCAUAUUGGAACAUGAAGGGCUAUGUGAGUGUGUGUGGUGCUAAUUUGUCCUCUUUCACACAUGUACAAGUGUAUAUUAAUACCGUGUGUGAUUUGGACAGCCAGGGUCUGCCAUUAUCAACGGCGACCCUGUAGGUAAGUGCCUUGCUCAAGGGCACAUUGACAGAUUUGGUUUUCACCUUGUUGGCUCUGGGUUCUAGCAACCUUUAACUAGCAACCUUUAAGUUACUGUCCCAACGCUCUAUCCGCUAGGCUACCUGCCGUGCUACGUAUAAUCCUCAACGUUUUUGCUACCUUCUGACCUUAUUGAAUUUCAGAGACGUGUUCAUGUUCCCAUGUCUCUCUUCAGUCAUUGACACUUGUUAACUAAACAGCCAUGUGACUGCAGAGGGUUUUCAGAAAGCUCAGCAGAAAUCCAGUCCAUGCAGAGCAGACUGUAACACUGGGACAGUAUGAUAUUUACAUUGUAUUUUAUAGGUUCAAACUGUUAGUCGGCCUAAUUGAAGAAAAUCACUCCUGUGUUUCAAUGGCACAUUGUGUUAGCUAAUCCAAGUUUAUCAUUUUAAAGGCUAAUUGAUCAUUAGAAAAACCUUUUGCAAUUAUGUUAGC